GCGGGCCUUCAGAGGUAACCUCAGAGAGUGCUACGAACUUUGUGAAUGCUACGAAUAAUUUCGGAAAGUCGUAUCAACAGUUUCUUACAAACACCGUACGAUUCGCUUCUGUGCAAGUGAUGUCAAAGUGGGAAUUCCUUUUUUAAAUCUGUGCCAUAUUUUGUGGAUUUAAAACUAUGAGUGUGGGAAUAAUAUGGACAGUUUGGCGCGUACUUUUUUUUCUUCAUUUAUUACAAGGUUCCCUGUGUCUACGAGAUGUGUACACUGUGAUACCCGAAGCGGCGGAGAGGGGCAAGCCGGUGGUGCUGCGGUGUAUGUACGACCUGGAGAACGAGGACCUGUACCAGGUGAAGUGGUACCGCGGAGACCGGGAGUUCUACCGGUACGCGCCGCGUGACGUACCACCGAUAAAGGUGUUCCCGAUCUCCGGGAUAGAGGUUGAUCGCGAGGCAAGCGAUGCGCAACAGCUCACGUUGAAGGAGGUGACGCGGCGAGCGCACGGCCGCUACACGUGCGAAGUGUCGGCCGACGCGCCCUCCUUCCUCACGGCGCAGGUGCACGGCUCCAUGUAUGUUGUCGAUUUGCCCAAGAACGAUCCAGAGCUGAUCGGAUUGAAGCGGCGUUACAAGCCGGGGAUGAAGUUGAAAGUGGAAUGCAUCAGUUACGAGUCCAUGCCGCCGGCUAACCUUUCAUUUUUCAUCAACAGCGUACCGGCACUUUCACAACACGUGUGGCACAGGGUGGGAGGAGGCGAGAAUGGAAGCUUAUGGACCGCGUACAGCACUAUACAGUUCGUAGUGCAAAAACAGCACUUUAUCAGAGGAAAAAUAAAGAUCCGCUGUUCGGCGUACAUCUACUCGAUAUACUUCAGGAGUCACGAGCAAGUGGCGGACGAGGAGCGCGUCGUGCGUCCCACCAUCACGCCGCUGCCGGAGACACGAGAGGCCAUGGUGUUCCCUAUACACCGCGUGUCAGAUAACAGCGGGACGACCGUCGAAGACAACGCCUCCACGAGAUUUUUACAGUUAACGUUUCUAGUUUUAGUAUAUUACACAGUUAGGUAAAUUAAAUAUCACUUCUAGAUAGGCACUUACUACCUGACCAUCAUAAAGUGGUUGUUAUACGCUAUACCUCUAUACCUCUCCCAUACGAUAGAUAUGACAUAAUAAAAAAACCGGCCAAGUGCGUGUGGACUUUUUAAAAAUUUCGUCACUUUGUAUGUCUGUCUGUUUGUCCGGGCUAAUCUCUGAACGGCUAAACCGAUUGUAAAGGGAACUUUAGUGGAAGAUACCAGAGGUUAUUAAGCAAUACAUAUAUAAGCUACUUUUUAUCCCGGAAACAUCUAUAGAUUUCGAUCUCGUUGAAAAACAAAAUUUCACGCGGACCUAUCUAUAAACCUAUCUAUAAAGUAUCGUUAAAGUUCAAUUAAGUAAAAUAGCUAAAAAAGUUUUUUGGAAAGAUAUAAUAGUCAGUGUAAAACGGGAUGUGUAAGCUUGCAUCGAAUGACAUUCAGAAAGUUAAUUGAGGUCGUUCGUAUUGAAGAUUCGUUCGUAUUGAUUCGUAUAGCAAAAGAAAAUAUACCGUUGUAUUUUAUUUUCUUACUUUUGAAAUGAAAAUAAUUUAAUAGUUUCUACAAAUCAUUGUAUAGAGCGGUUAUAAUAUUAUAUUUUUUUAUGAGAAAUAUGGAUUUCUUGAGUUGCAUUGUGCAAGUACUUUGUGAUGGUCAGACAGUAGUUAUUAGAUUAUAAUGAACGUUGUACUUAUUACUAAACCAAGGAUCCUGGUGUCUUUAUGACUGAUAAAUUCUUCUCUAUAUUGUAUUGUUGAUACAUUGUAGUUGUGCCAAGCCGAAUUUAUGUAUUUCAUUAAAUGAAAUACACCUUAUCCGAAAAUUAUGUGUGGCUUUGUUUAGGAAGAUAACACGACUGGGGCUUCACCAUAUCUCUUUUCAAUGUACCAUUACUCAUGUUUUACCUCUUGUAGACACUAUGUAUGCGUGAUUGGAUUUCAUGUAACAUUGUUAAUAAUGUCUGAGCUCCUCACAUACGCAAAAAGAUUGUUAAUAUAAUGUCGAUAAAAUAAGGUAAGGUUGCCUAAGAGCGGUUUCAUACUAGCGUUUUAUACACGCGUAUUGAAGCGCACAUGCUCAAUUCGUACGAGUGUUGACGCGCUUCUAAGCUCGUAUAAGUGCAAGCCGCGAGAGAGACCUCCCAAAUAUACUGACACGAUACUAUCGGUUGAAGCGAACACGCCAAAAUAUGACCGUUUACGCGAGUCCGGUUUUUGGAGCGCGCAAUGUAGCGCGUGUGGAAGCGCGUAUGCUGAAUACGCGCAAAAAAUACGCUAGUCUGAAAUUACUCUAACAGUGCUCCCACAAUAGUUAAUAAUACUGUCAAUUUUAUGGACAGAUGUAGAGGUUUGCUCCUAAGGAUUUAAGAAACUUAGGCGUUAGUCGUAUUCGAUAUUAUCGCAGUAUCAUUUUCUUUGCGGGUACGACUUCAGAAACCUUAACCUAUUUUAUUGACAAUGUUAUUAUGUAUUUGUAAGGUGGAGGAUCCUAGACGAUACUAGUAGCUCCGUAGUAAUAAAUAUUCUGUAACUCCGCUGUUAUUGCAACGCGUUUGAACGAUUUUCUGUUAUUCGAAUUGUUGAAGUUUUUGAAAACGGGAUAUUGCUCCACUUUUCAUUUGAUCAAGUUGCUAUUUGAUCGAAACGCUACUGAAUGGUUUUCAGCAAUUGCAAUAGUCUCACUAAUUCCUGUGACGUAUAUCCGGUUUCGUGUAGCAAAUAAUAGGUGAAAUGUCGCAGCGAUCAAGUCUUAACACGUUCGCUGCGGAACGAGGUCGAUUGACCUUGUAAACGUUACGAGGUCGAUAAACCUCGUUCCGCACCACAUAAUGUUUUAGUACGAGGUCAAAAAACCUCGUUCCGCACCAGGGGAAAGUAUCAGUGCCGCAGCGAACGGGCUAAUAUGGAAGCUAAUAUUGAGACUUGAUAUACUAUUACUACUUUACUUUACCAAUACGUAUGUAAGUGAUGAGAGUGUAGGUACAGACAAGAUCAUUUAGCUUGUACACUUGCUGUCUAUCCUUCUACGGUAAUUGUUAUUGCCAAGCAAGUCAACUGAAUGGCCUCUAAUCUCUAGUGGGGACAGCUACACCUAUACGUAUCGUACAUACCUAUACCUUGGCUAGAAGAGCUACUAAAUUGUUGUCUGUCGCUGCCGUCGUCCAAGCCAUAUGUAAAUUAUAUUUACCUGGCAUAUCAACACAUUCGCACAAAGCUUGUGUGCUUGAAACGAAAGAUAUAACGUCGUUCUGAAAAUCCACUGAAAAUAACAUCAUAAUACAGGCAUUGUGCUUGUAAUGUCUAAAUGAAUAUAAUUUACAGACGCUUUUUGGUGCGAUGUUACGUGAGGCUUCAUACAAUAGCAUAAGCAGUGUGUUAAUGUUGUAAAAAUUACUUAGACGUGAUGCUUUGGUAAAAGUUAAAUUUUUUUUCUGUCAUUUAUUUUUUUGUCCUUUUUUAACAAUGUUAAAAAAAACACUAUUAAAAUUUAUAAAAAACAUUCAACCCUACCACCGUUUAAGUGCCCAAGCAACCGGUGGUCAGGUCUUCAGAGUGAGGAACCUCCUCAUAAUAUGCGCCUUCUCAAGAAUCAUUGCCUCUUUUAUAACCAGCAAGAUGGAGCAGGAAAUGAUGAGUGACUACGCAAGUAAGUAGCGCCACAGAAAACAUACGUAGCGCUAGAAUACGUAAUAAGAUAUUUGCAGAUUCACGCCAUGCGAGUUCACAAAUAAAGAAAGAAAGAAAGUUCUUUAUUGUUAAGUAAUGUCACACACAUCACAUAAUUAAAAUAUAAAAUACACGGUGUAAUUGUCCACUCACAAACAGUGGAAGCAGUGUAACAAAUUAGUUGUUUAUUAUUUAAAUUUUGUUAUUUGUUUAUUCCAUUAUCAUAAAAAUUAAAAAAAAUAUAUACCAUAUUCUUCUGAGGUUCUAAAAUUUUUCCAAGCCCAAAGUUGCUUGGAGUAAAUCUAAGUGGAUUUGUAUUAUUGUAUUUAUAUGUGGUGUAAAAUUAAAGUGUACAUAAAUAAAUAUAUUACGAUUUCAAUCACGCAUAAAAGUUUGAUCUAAUUCGAUUAAAUUUUAGCACAAUGAGAGCAAAUCUUUGGUUCGAAAACAAACAUUUUUAUAGAUAUCAAAAUUUGCUUGUAUUCGAAAAUUUGUAAAUCAAAAAUCUGCAAAUCUAAUUGAAUUACAGAUUUUUGUUCGUGUAAUAUGUAAAUUUUUAAUUGCUCAGCUAAGCUAAGUGUUUUGCCCUUGUAGAAUCUGAAGUAUGAUCUCUCCCGAAUCUUCGGUCAAUGUUUGCGAGAUCAACCAUUGGCGUAUCUAGGAUUAUUUUCUAGGGGGGGCCUGACCCCCGACAUCAACUCUAUUAUUAGUAUCAUAAUAGAAUUCCAUAUCGGUAGCCCUACUAGCCUUAUAAGUAACCCUAGGGUGGGCACAGGUCCAUUCUAGGGUGGGCACGCCCCCCCCUCCCCUUUAUAUGCUUAAUAGAUCAACACAACGAGAUCCUUCUUUCGUAUUCUUGUUAAAUAACAGGUUUUAUUUAUUCGACCCUUUUCAUAUUUUCAAUGUGAUUGUGCAUAGGGAAUGGAUAUCUUUGUUGGACUCAGCCGUUCUUUGAUGUUUGAUUUUACAAUUUCAGGAACGUGAAGUCUACAAAUUGAGUUGAAGUAUAUUUUUUACUUAAUAAGUAGUUUUCGGCCAAAUAUUUUAAAAUUUACGUGAGAUUAUUUUAUACUUCAUAAUCGCCUGUGUUGUUAUUAAUCAAAAUAGUAAAAUCACUUUGAUGAAUUUAUCAGAAAAUCGCGUGUAAACUGCUGCAGGCUAACUCACUAUAUUUAAUAACGUUUGACUUAUGCUAGUUGACAUAUACGAAAUUGAGAUUCUAUGUAAAGUGCGCGCUAGAUAAGUCUGCGCGUGAUUGGCGGCGCAAUUUGUUGCCAGCUUUUGUGAUCUCUUUUACCCGCCAAGAGAUAGAUAGAGAUAGACUACAAGAUGGCGGCACUUUUGAUUAGUUCGAUUCUGGGCACGCGCAAACUUAUCGCGCACUCUAACAAAUGUCAUCCGGUGCCUAAUGGUAGAUGACAUUUCUCAAUUGAUUAAGUUUAUUUUAAUAGGUUGAUAAUAAAGUACAAAAUAGUGAAUAUGCCAUAGUGAAUAUGCCAUAUUGAAUAUGCCAUAUUGAAUAUGAAUAUGGUGAUGUGUGAAUUCUGACGUCACAUUUUAAAACAAACAAAACUACGACGCCCUGAUUAAACAAUGUCACAGCUAAAACAUGUCACGUUCUCAGCCGUUUUAGUUCUUGUAAGCCACAUAAAAAAUAUCACAAUUAUUGCGCAAAAAAAUUCAAUACAUUUCAAAUUUUUUAUCGUUACAAGUACAACCUUUCAAAAAACCAUGUAAAAUUGACUGUAUUGACUUUUAAUGGGUCCUAAAAAUAUAAGAAGGGUCGAAUUUACGUUUUAUUUAUACAUGUAAGUGAGCGAAUCUUUUUAUACUCGUUGAUUUAUUCAUUUUUGUAAACCAUUAUCUACUCAAAAUACGGUUAAAUAUGUAAUUCCUUUUUUAAAUUAUAGAACAUGUUGUAUAAAUCGUGAAUAAAUAAAUAAUAGUCUGUAAAUAUUAAAUGAAA